AAGAGUGAGUGAGUAAAUAAAUAAGAGACAAAAGCAACAAGAGAUAGUAAGAGAGUUAUAAUAUAAGCAGAAGUACAAGAGUGGUAGAUUGUAGAUGGUGGUAGGGAUAUAGCGCGCGCACACGUUAAAAGACGCCAUUAUUGGUGUUACGUUGAGUUGAAUUUAACGUUGAAUGUUGAAUGUUGAAUGUUGGGUUGGUUUAGUUCGUAGUUCGUACGUUCAGUUCAGUUCAGUGUUCACCGUGAUGCCGGUACGUUAACACGCUUGUGGUUUUAAGUUAUUGUUGCUCAUAUUAACUAGCCCGGUCUUUUGUUAUUGUACAUUAGCAAUCAAUUUCUUUUUUUUUGUAGUUAUAUUUUUUAAUUACUGUUUUUUAUUUUUUUUUACAUAAUUUAAUUUGAAUUUAAAUUUGAACGUGAGGUGAAUUUCAUGUGAUUUGAUGCUUUGUUGGAUUAUUUCGAUUCAAAUUGGGGAAAAGAAAUUAAAAUAAAAUUUAAAAAAAGAAAACCAAGUGACUGUGAAAGUGUUUGUGUUGUUAAAAUAUAUAAUAAUAAUUAAAUUAAAGAAACAAAAAGUUUGAUACUUAGAGGAUUUGAUGGUGACUAGAUCGAUUACUCGAUAUCCUGAUAGAUGCACUUGUGUUUACAUAUGAUGCUCAAUGACAUUAUUAUAAUACAACAGCACACUUACACACUUACGGUAAACAAGAGUACGGAGAAUAGAGAACAAAGAGCAGAGAAUAAUAAUAACAACUUAAAAUAUAACAACAAGUUUAAUAAUGAAAUGAAAUGACCCAAAGACACUUAAUCUAUUUAACCUAUUCUAUUGGAUAUUUUGAUAAUUAAGAUGUACUCCGCACCGGCGAGACAUCCAGUCGCUCCCGGUGCUGGUGGAGGCUCUGGAGCUGCAAGUGGACGUGCCAGUGGAUUUACUGUUGCUGAAACAUGCGAACGUAUAAAAGAAGAAUUCAAUUUUAUCCAGCAGCAAUAUCACACCCUCAAACUCGAAUAUGAAAAACUGGCCAAUGAAAAAACCGAAAUGCAAAGGCAUUACGUAAUGUAUUACGAAAUGUCUUACGGCCUAAAUAUGGAGAUGCACAAACAGACUGAAAUAGCUAAAAGAUUAAAUGCAAUAAUUGGGCAAAUGAUGCCUGCGCUACCACAAGAACAUGGCUUACAGCAUCAACAACAAGUAAUGAAUGCCGUUGAAAGAGCAAAACAACUGACCAUGACGGAACUCAAUGCAAUAAUUGGGCAACAGCAACAGCAAGGAUUGCAACAAUUACUGCAACAAAUACAUGCACAACAAAUGCCACAUGGAGGAGUUGUAGGUGGUAUGCCACCAGCAGCGAGUCUUUUAGGAUUCGCGGGUGCAGCAGCCGCGGCAGCAGUAGCUGGGGGUGGAGUUGUGCCACCUCAUUUGACAGGACCGCCGCCGCAUCCCGCAGCAACGGCCGCAGCUGUAACUGCAGCAGCGGUGCAAGCUCAAGCUUUACUUAAAUCAUCAGACUUACAACAGCAUCGCGCUGCUGCUAAUGAAACCCCUGAAGCAGAUCGUAAAUCAAUUACACUCACUGAUGAACGAUCGACCAGACGUUCUGUAUCACCCAGUGAUAAAUUUCGAUCACGUACACCGGAUAUAGAAGGUGACGCUAAACGACGUAAAGAAGAUAAAAUUCAUCAUGAUAGUGAUGGUGAAAAAAGUGACCAAGAUCUUGUUGUUGAUGUCGCUAAUGAGGAUGGAUCAUCGCCUCACACAAACGGUGACCAUCUAGACCACCGCGAGAAUGGAACACUAGAUAAAUUAAAUCCAUCCAAUCAUGGUAUUUUAUCUUCAAUAAAUAAUAAUAGUAAUAAUAAUAAUAAUGGUGGUGGUGGUAGUGGUAAUAGUGGUAGUGGUGGUGGUGGACUAAGUAGUGUAAUCGGUGGCAGUAUUAACUCUGGAGGACUAAUUAAAGAACGACCCCCGUCUCGCAGCGGAAGUUCAUCAGCACGGAGUACACCCUCACUGAAAAGUAAAGAUAUAGACAAACCGGGUACACCAGUGGGUUUACCGAAGGGUUCGCGCAGCUGUACCCCAACUAUGGGAGCAAUCCUUGGACCCUUAACGUCGCGAGGGGUUUACCAUCCGGCCUCCUCGCAGCAAACCUCACCGCAGGGAUACCAGGGCUUGCAGUCCCGAGGCAGUGAACCACCACAAUCACCUUCCUCCUAUCCUAGUCUACCCUAUUCUAGAACGUCAAUACUUGGAUUUGAUAAUCAUGUACGUGUACCUUCCACAAAUGGUCUAAAUAACAUUUCAGGCGGCAAACCAGCAUAUUCAUUUCAUAUGAAUGGUGAGGGACAUUUGCAGCCAGUGCCUUUUCCCAGUGACGCUCUAGUUGGCCCAGGGAUACCACGACAUGCCCGACAAAUAACAACUUUAACUCACGGGGAAGUUGUAUGCGCGGUGACCAUAUCAAAUCCGACAAAAUACGUUUACACUGGAGGUAAAGGCUGCGUUAAAGUAUGGGAUAUGAACAAUUCAUCAUCUCUGUCAUCUAGCAGUAGUUCUUCUUCCUCUUCUUCCUCGUUAUCUUCUUCUUCGGUGACAACAUCAGCAGCGGCAGCAGCAUCAGCAACAGGAGCGACAUCUACUGCAAAACCUGUUUCACAAUUAGACUGUUUACAACGAGACAAUUAUAUACGUUCGGUUAAAUUAUUACCCGAUGGUAGGACGUUAAUAGUGGGAGGUGAAGCUAGUCAAUUAAGUAUUUGGGAUCUUGCAAGUCCGACGCCACGUAUAAAAGCUGAAUUAACAUCCGCAGCACCGGCAUGUUAUGCUCUCGCGAUAUCGCCAGACUCAAAAGUAUGUUUCAGUUGUUGCAGUGAUGGCAAUAUUGCGGUUUGGGAUUUACAAAAUCAAUCGUUAGUGAGACAAUUUCAGGGGCACACUGAUGGUGCCUCGUGUAUUGAUAUUUCCGCAGACGGAUCUAAACUGUGGACUGGAGGAUUAGAUAAUACUGUAAGGUCCUGGGAUUUACGUGAAGGCCGGCAAUUGCAACAACAUGAUUUUACGUCACAGAUUUUCUCACUGGGAUAUUGUCCUACGGGUGAAUGGUUGGCUGUGGGAAUGGAAAAUUCAAAUGUUGAGGUUCUUCAUGCCACUAAGACUGAUAAAUAUCAAUUACAUUUACAUGAAUCUUGUGUACUGAGUUUGAAAUUUGCGAGCUGUGGCAAGUGGUUCGUAUCGACGGGUAAAGACAAUUUGUUGAACGCCUGGAGAACUCCUUAUGGUGCAUCUAUUUUUCAGUCAAAAGAAUCAUCAUCAGUGUUGAGUUGUGACAUUUCGACAGACGACAAAUAUAUUGUUACUGGAUCUGGCGAUAAAAAGGCGACAGUAUAUGAAGUGAUAUAUUAAUUUUUAUGUAUUUAUCUCAUUCCCAAGGAUUAACUAUUAAUUGAAAUAUUAAUAUUAUUAACUUUUUAUUGAAAUUAAAUAAUUAUGAGACUAUUAGAAGCCUUAUUAGACUAUACAAAGUCACUAAUUAAUAAAAAAAUUUAUUUUAAGUUUGUAUAUAAAUUAUCUAUAAUAAUAAUAACAAUAAUACUAUUAAUAAUAAUAAUAAUUACAGGCGAACAAAUAACGGUUCAAUUGAAGAAAAAAGUUUUUAUUUUACUUGACAUUAUUUAUUAUUGGAAACAAUAAAUUGACAAGCAAAAUUAAAUUUUUAAAUUAAAAAAUAUAAAAACAAUCGAAUACAACGAUUACUUAUUUUUUAGGUUAUUUUGAGAGUAAAAUACAAAACUUUGUUUAAGGAUAUUCUUAGACAGACCCCCCCUCUACUUUUUAAAAACAUAAAAUUACUCACGUACCUGAAGAUUGGAACAGUUUCCGUGAAGCGAAAAUAAAAAAAACAAAAUGAAAAGUAAAAAAUCUUUUGGACCUAGAUUUUUGAAAUGUUUUGCAUAAGCGUUAAUUUGUUUAUCGAAAAUUGCAGGCCACCGCAACUACCCCUUAAGUAGUCGAAUUACAUAAAUUUUCUUUCAUUUUAAUUGCGCGAAAAAUGUUCCGAUCUUCAGGUACAUAAUUAUUUUCAACUGUCAUGACGACAUUAAAAUUUCAUUAAUGAAUUAAAAAACAAAUCUGUCUAUCGGUUGACCCUGCGGGCCAGCCUCAAAACUUCUCGCUCCUUGAGCUCGAAAACAUUGUUGUGAAUACAUUUUCGAGCUCGAAAAUACUUUUGUAUCCCAUUGUUUUCGAAAAAAACCGUUUUUUAGCAUUUCUUUCUCCCACGAUAUCUCGCGAACGAAUUAACCGAUUUUGAUAGUUUAGGCGGCAAUCGACGUAUUUUAUUGAGUUCUAGAGAUGAUUAGAUUUUCGACUGGAUCGUUUAAGUCGAUCAAAUGAUCUGAAAUUCUCAGGAAAGUUGAUGGCCAACAAGCUCUUUUGAUUGCCGCCUUAACAAUCCAAAUCAGUUCAUUAGUUAAAAAGUUAUAGACCAGUCACACACAUAGAUACACACACACACACACACACACACACACACACACACACACACACACACACACACACACACACACACACACACACACACACACAA